CAAUAAACCCAAACUUGGAUUGCAGGGUAAACAGUGAGAUAAAGAAAAAGUGUAUGAGAGAGAGAGAAGAGAGUAUGUACUGCAGUUAGUCUUAAAUUGAGGUUAGCUCUGAUCUGCUGCAGAUGAAAGAUUGCAGUCUCCAUGGCGGCGUCACAGAGCUAUAAAUUUAAUGCACCGUAAUCAAAAUCGGCGACAAAGAAUCCAAGUGAAGUGAAAGCAAAGAUAUAUAAGAAGAGAGAGAAUCAUUAAGGGGAUCAACGAUCUUUUUGUUUUUCGUUAUCCUAAAAAAUUCCUACAAUUUGUCCUGAAAAGCUGCAAAGGAAACAAAACCCACAGUAAGUCAGAAUUUUCCCACUUAAAAAUUUACUACCCCAGUACUGCUACUACAAAAAUUAACAUGGUUAUCAUCAAAACCCCAUAGUUCAUAUACUUGCCUUUACCCUAUUUGUCCGUAUAGGCUGAGGGGGGCCGGGUCUCUUUUGGCAAUGGAUAUGCAAUCAAAAUUGAGGUUAGAUAUAGCUUCUAGGAGUAGAAUAUGUCUUGGUUUUUCGGUCUAGGUGGGGGGAAAGAGCAAGAACGAGAAGAAUUAGCUACUAAUAAUUUGUUGCUGUUCAAGAACGAAGAGAUCUACAAUAAGGGUUUCAAGCUAUGGCAACAGUUGCAACAACAAAGACAACAACAAAAUCAUCAAAAUCAAGAGCAAGAUCAUGUGGAUUUCUCUAUCUGCGUGGGUCCAGCUAGUAGUAGUAAACCUAGUAAUAACAGCAGUAAUUCUUGUAGAUCAUUAGGGUUUAGGGUUAUGAAUAUGAGGGGAGGAGGCAGUAGCAGUGGAGAUCAAGGGAAUGUGAAUUGCCAAGAUUGUGGGAAUCAAGCUAAGAAAGAUUGCCCACAUUCGAGGUGUAGAACUUGCUGUAGGGGUAGAGGCUUUCAGUGUCAAACGCAUGUUAAAAGUACCUGGGUUCCUGCAGCUAGAAGGCGUGAAAGGCAACAACAAUUUUCAGAAAAUCAUCCCAAAAGGCCAAGAGACAAUAUCUCUGGUUCCUCUCUUGCCUACACUCGUUUACCCACUACCUCUUCAGGGUUAGAGGUGGGUAGUCAUUUUCCUCCAGAAGUGAGUUCGCCAGCUGUAUUCCGCUGCGUAAAAGUGAGUGGAGUCGAAGAUGCAGAACAGCAUUAUGCUUAUCAAACAGCUGUGAAUAUUGGAGGCCACAUUUUCAAAGGAAUGCUUUAUGACCAAGGCCCUGAUCAGAGUCGCUAUAGUAGUAGUGGAGGAGGUGCAGGAGAGAGCUCAUCGCAACCGCUUAAUUUCAUCGCCGGCGCCACAGCCGCCGCAAGUAGCCAACAGCAGGGCGUUUCCAUUGCUAUGUUUGAUCCAGCUUCCAUAUAUCCAAAUCAUCAACUUUCUGCUUUCAUGGCUGGUACGCAAUUCUUUCCACCGCCAAGACCUUAAUUAGGUCAUCGAAUAAUUAGUCCCAUUAUUCCUGAUUUUGUUAGAGAAUAUAUAGGGGUAGAGAAAUUAAGAAAACUUGUUAUAUAUUCUUCAUGAAGGAAGACAUCAAUUGGCAUGAUGGGAUGUUACAAAUUUUGU